AUGGGACGAAGCAGAAAUAGAAGACGGAAGCAGCAGAAGCUUGUUAAUCUGGAUUGGACAGAGCUGCCUCGUGGUGUCCUUGAGAUCAUCUUUGAGCGACUGACUGUGACUGAUUGUAUAUCUGUUAGUGAUGUUUGCAAAGCCUGGAGACAUGUUGUCGCACAAGAACUUGCUGGUUGGCAAAGCCGUGGUGUGCCAUGGCUCAUGAUGCCUGGCAAAGAUACGGAGGUAAGAACUUGUAUUAGCAUACUACAAAAACAACAUUGGGACAUUGUGCUUCCCGAGGCUUAUGGAAGAUAUUGUUGGGGAUCAUAUCAAGAUUGGUUGAUUCUAGUAAAACAUAUUGAUUGUUUCUAUCUUGAGAUUAGCUUGUUGAAUCCAUUCUCUAGGAACAAAACUGAUCUUCCCAAAACAUGGAACUUUUAUCAUAAGAUUGUUCUCUCAGGGCUUCCCAUCCUUGAAAACUAUGUUUGCAUGCUUGUUCAUAGUCAAUGUCGGGAGCUUUCUUUUUGGGUCCCAGGAGCUGAAUCAUGGCUUAAACAUAAACUGGAUGGUGAGCCAUUUGAGGAUGCUGUCUUCUGUGAUGGAAGUUUCUAUCUUAUAAGCAAUGAUUAUAACAUUUGGCAGAUUAAGUCUGCUAAUAUCUUUGCUAGCAUUAGAACAUAUGAUGCUUAUGAGGUAAAAAUAGAUUGUCAUGAGGUAAUAAUGUCAGAGGAGCAGGAAAAUAGUGGUGUGUUGAAGUAUCUUGUGGAAUCUUGUGGGGAGCUUCUUCUUGUUUGUAGGCUUUAUAACACCAAAGCGGAGGCUAUUCUUGAAACACAUGAUUUCAAAGUAUAUUCAUUGGAUUUUAGCCUGAUGUCCUGGAAGAGGGUACAUGAUUUGGGGGAUAAAAUCUUAUUUCUAGGCAAAUGUUGUUCGCGGUCUGUUUCUUCGACAGAACUUGGUGUUGCGAUGAGGAAUUGUAUCUAUUUCUCUAAUGAUCAUGCUGCUCCAUGGUGGAACGAAUGGGAUUCUGAUCAUCUUUAUGGAAUUUCAGCCAGGCAUAAUCUGAACAAUGCUGGAAGAAAGGAUUGGGGCGUGUUCAGCCUUGGCAAUGGAACUCAUGAGGAUUUUUGCUUUCGUGGCAAUCGAGACAGAUGGGGACCGAUUUGGUUAACUUGCCCCCAAUGGUGGUGCUGUAGGAAAUUGGCUGUUAACCGAUAUAGUAACUAG